UAUACAUAUGUUCACAAGAUGCACUCCUGAUGUUCAUAGUUUAAGAAACCGCCCCAUUAUAGACAACUAAACAUGACAGAACUAACAAAAGAUGGCCAAGACGACUUUGGCAUCACAGAGAACACUGAGGCAUUUGAAACAGAAGUAGCUACAAGCAAUCAACUGUUAAGUCAGAGUCAACAAGAUUCAGAAGCUGAGCCAGACUAUGAUUUUGUUCAACAGCCCGACUCGGAGUACUUCUGUCCUGUGAGUUCAGAAUUGCUUGUAGAGCCACACCAAACGUCAUGCUGCGGCCAGCACAUCUCCCAGCAAGCUGCUAACAGACUUAUCAGAGAGCAAAAGCCUUGUCCAAUGUGCAAAGACGAUGAAUUCAAUACUCAAGUUGACAAGUACUUUACACGAAAAGUUCGUCAGCUUAACGUUCGCUGUCCCCACAAGAAGAGUGGGUGUGAGUGGACAGGGGAACUGGGGGACCUGAACCACCACACCACUGCCUGUCCAAAACGUCCCUGGAAGUGCAAGUAUUGUGAAUUCGAGGAAACCUACGAGAUUGGUAACGAACACAUUCCUGUUUGUGCUAACUAUCCGUUCGCCUGUCCCAACCAAUGUGGUGUUGGUACAUUUCGUCGCCGUGAUGCUGAGAAACAUCUUCUGGAGUGCCCCCUACAACUAGUGGAGUGUGAGUUUGCUGGUACUGGAUGUGACGUGAAGGUUCCUCGAAGAGAUCUAGCGAGUCACAUGACAGAGAAUGCCCAACACCACCUCAUGACAGCCACCCUCCUCAACCUGAGACUCACGAGAGAGCUACACCAGAAAAUGGAAGAGAAAGACCAACAGAUUGUUGAGCUGAAACAGAAAAUGACAGAACUGGAUAUAAAUAUGUGUGAAGAAAUACGCUAUCUCAGAGCUGACAUCAAAAAGCAGCUAAAGCCCACACCCUCCCCCCAACAUCAACACCCUCAAAAUCUCCCUCCAGAAAAGCCAAGCCCCAGACGACAGCCAUCUAGACCCCAACAGAGAACAGAAGGCUCCACCAGGAGGGCUCAGGCUACAGCAGCUCCUACGGUGGCUAACAAAGUGACUACUACAAUUAUCACACUAAAGGAAUUCUCCAAGCAACAAGCUAGUAGCAAGAAUGGCAGCUGGUACAGUGACAUUAUAAACUGUGAGGAGUACCAAUUUAAGUUGGGGAUAGAGACCAAUGGACUUGGUGAAGCUCGCGGCAACCAUCUCUCAGCGUACCUCCAUCUGCAGGCUGGAGAGAAUGACCAGAUGCUCCGCUGGCCAAUAAAGGUGAAAGUGAAAGUAGAACUGCUCAAUCAACGAGAAAACAAGGAACACAAACAAGUGGUGGGAAGCGUACUAUUUAGGAAGCCAGCGACAGUCUGGGAUUGUGGAAUGAUUGGAAUUAACACAAAAUCGUUCGCUAUAAGAGAUCUAGGAUACAAUGCUCACAAACACACGGAAUAUUUACAGAAUGACUGUCUAAGUUUCAACGUAAUGCUAAAAAUUGAACAUAGUUACUAUUAGUGAUGUAAUCUUGAGUAGAUCUACCAUAAAAUAUAUUCAUAACGUGGGGGCAUACCCGUUUUAA